GUAUUAUUGCGGAAGUGCUGAGGCAGGAUUAUAAUAAUAAUAAUAACGUGAAUUUCGGUUUUCAGGGCUCCUUCGCUUCUGCAAAAUAUAGAUUGUAAUUUGUGAUUUUGCUAUAUCUCUGUAUUCGUAAGAAACACGGGCUAUGGCAGCUUUAAAGUAUGCUGGUAUGGAUGAUACAGACAGCGAGGAUGAGCUGCCUCCAGGAUGGGAAGAGAAAUCUACGAAGGAUGGAUGGGUUUACUAUGCAAAUCAUGAGGAAAUGAAGACUCAGUGGGAUCAUCCCAAGACAGGGAAGAAGAGGCGCUGUGCUGGACGUUUGGAUCUACCAUAUGGAUGGGAGCAGAAUACAGAUGAUAAAGGACAGAUCUUCUAUGUAGAUCACAUUAACAAGAGGAAUACCUACUUUGACCCACGGCAGGCAUUCACGGUGGAGGAUGUGCUGGUGAAGCCGAAGCGUUAUGAUGGGAACACAGCAGCCCUGGAGAUCCUGCAGGGUCGCGACCUCUCAGACAGGGUGGUCCUCAUCACCGGGGGCAACGCUGGCAUCGGCUUUGAGAUAGCCAAGUCGUUUGCCCUCCAUGGCGCCCAUGUGAUCCUGGCCUGUAGAAACCUCUCCAAGGCCAGCAAGGCUGUCAGGCUCAUACAGCAGGAGUGGCAUAAGGCCAGGGUGGAGGCCAUGAUGUUGGACCUGGCCUCUCUCCGCAGUGUCAGAGAGUUCACUGACUCCUUCAAGGCUAAGAAACUGCCGCUCCACAUCCUGAUAUGUAAUGCGGCGGUGUGUACCCAGCCCUGGCGUCUGACGGAGGACGGCCUGGAGUCCACCUUCCAGAUCUGCCACCUAGGUCACUUCCUGUUGGUGCAGUGUCUACAGGCCGUCCUGCAAAGCUCUGCCCCCGCCCGCGUGGUGGUGGUGUCCUCUGAGUCACACAGGUUUACAGACCUGCUGGACCAGUGUGGUACGGUGGACCUGGCUGUGCUGUCUCCUCCUCAGAAGGACUACUGGUCCAUGCUGGCCUACAUUUACAUUUACAUUUUAGUCAUUUAGCAGACGCUCUUAUCCAGAGCGACUUACAGUU